CAGACAUCGCAACAACUGUAUUUAUAUAUACAAGAAAAUCGUAUCCUUUAUAUGACUAUAAACGAGUUUUAUCGUCAGUUGAUAACAUGGCGUCAAAAGUAAAACUCACGUUCAAUGUCCUUUUCAUAUCCGCGGCGGUAAUUCUUGGUAAUGUGAUCCGUUUCAAACUUCUGCCUAUAAACAAUGAAACGAAACUCUCGCUUGGGUAUCCUAGGGAUAGCCUUCUGAAUUUCACAGAAUUGGCCAGUGAAUAUGGAUAUGUGACUGAGGAACAUACAGUCGUCACUGAAGAUCAAUAUUUGUUAACCGUGUUCAGGAUUGUGCGAGGCAGGAAUUGUAAAGGGAAAAUUAAAUCACCGCCAGUGAUUCUCAUGCAUGGAUUGCUGCAAAGUUCUGACGCGUGGCUGGAUGCAGGCCCGAGCGCCGGCCUGGCCUAUCUCCUAGCAGAUGCGUGUUAUGACCUGUGGGUCGGAAAUCAAAGAGGUAAUUAUUAUGGCAGGCGACACAUGAAAUAUAAUCCAGAUGAAGACGCCGAAUUCUGGAACUUUUCCGUCGACGAAAUUGGGUUUUAUGACAUUCCAGCUACUAUUGAUUAUGUUCUAAAUCACACUAAUGUUAACAAAUUAAACUACAUCGGAUAUUCCCAGGGUUCUGGAACCUUAUUUAUCAUGUGUUCUGAAAGACCUGAGUAUUGUGAAAAAGUGAAUAUUUUAAUUGGUCUUGCGCCGGCUGCGAGGCAAACGUAUACAAAGUCUGUGAUUUACAGAUUAGCAACUACAAGUAUCACAGCAUUGGAGGGUGUUAUAAGAGGCGCUGGUCUUCAAGAGAUUUUUGCAAAGGGACAACUGAGCCAGGAAACUCUUGGGUUUAUCUGUCAAAUGAGUGCGAUAGCGGAACCAAUCUGUGGUACUGCCGAACAGUUGAUUGAUUCCUUCCACCCGGGGUCAAUAACAAAUAGGACUCUGCAAGUAAUGUUUGGACAUUUUCCGGCUGGAACAUCUGUUCAUAACAUGGCGAGGUAUGGCCAGAGUAUGUCGUCGGAUAAGUUCCAGAAGUUUGACUAUGGGAAAGAUGUAAAUUUAGUGAAAUAUGGUAGUGAAAUGCCUCCGGAAUAUAACUUGAAUCGAAUGACAGCGCCCAUAGUGAUAAUAUAUGGGAGGAAUGAUCAUUUGGUUGAUCCAAAAGAUAUCGCCUGGUUGGUGAAACAAUUACCGAAUGUUGCUAAAGUUAUGGAAGUGACUGAUCCUCUUUGGAACCAUUUUGACGUGACAUAUAGUCAAUAUACCAGUGAGUUAAUUUUUCCGACUGUGAAUAAAUACUUAACAAAAUCUAGCACAUUUUAAACUAAUGAACUUUUAUCUCUAGUCCUAAAUGUGUAUAUAUUAUUAUUAAUAAUAGGAUAUUUCGUUUGUAAGAUUCACAUAGUAUAUACAUAUAUCAUACACAAAUUUGUUAUAGAUUUCUAUAAUAAAUAAGGAAAUAUUGUGAUAAGAGCAUAUCGUCUGUGAUAAUAAUUAUAAAUAUUUAUGUAAUCAAUAGCUUAUUUUUUAUCAUCAGUUAGGUUAAGACCUAUUAAUAAUUAAUAGAUAUAGUUCGCCACAUAUGCACGCAUCAUUUAUAGGCAUAUAUGUAAAAUCUUCUAUGCGUCCUUUUCAUUACAUGAAAAAUGUAGAUUUGACAUACGGGCUAAGUAUUGUAAUUCACAAACAAAGAUGCAUGCACUGCAACCCGGGGUCCGAGACUGUCUUGUUUAUUGCAUGUAAAAUAAUAAUAAAAGCUUUCUAUUUCAUAUAAUAAACAUUUAUAUUACAUCUCAUUGAUUCCAAGAUAUCUGCAUGCCCUUUUUAGGCAAAGGCCGUCAAUUCUGCAUAAUGUCACUAUCUACCUGUAUGUACCUGCUCUUUCCUUAAUCUAUAUCCACCUUCUAAAUUUUCUUCCUCUUCCGCGUUUUCCUUGACCACUAGUUUUAUACUUUAUUGCUCCAUGUUCCUUUAUGCCUCGCCGAUUUCAACUUGUUUAUUUAUUUUCAUCGUAGCAUCUGCUACCUUAGUUAUUCCUCUAAAUGAUGUAAAAGAGAGGAUUUUCAAGAAAAUCUCGUUUCAAUUGCCAAUUAUUGACAUAAAUACAUCACAAGGAAGUUUGUCUGUUUGCAGAUAACAUUAACGUGUACUUUUAACGACAAACUGCCAUUACCAGCUUAACUUGUUAUUUAAGUCAAUAAAUGAAUUAAUAUUUUGUACACAUGUUUCCUGGUUCUGUGCAAAAUAACCGUCGUAAUUAUUAUAUGGUAGAUUUGUAUAGAAGGACUAUUCAAUAUAUUAAUAUAUAUUGACGUA